UUCAAAACAUGCUUACCCGUGGACAUCUUUGGAUCGGGCUGACAGCUGUGCUUAGACUACCGGCGUUUUUUAUUUUGGAGAAAUGGUUUCUGUCCACUCCAGGAGACGUUUGGUACGAAGUGCUCGCAUCAACAAUAGGUCUCUUUCUAACCAUAUCUUUGACAUGUCUGCGCCAGGACAACCUCUUUGAGUUGUACAGAAAUCUACUGUCUCUCCUUCUUCUAACAAUAGCUUAUUUCUACUCACAACGUAUUUUGGACGACACGAUAUCAAGUGAAAACAAAAUCAAUGCCAUAGCAUUAUUCGGGACCUUCCUUAUGACAAGUAUAUUCGGCCUGCUCGCAAACUAUAUAUCCAUAGGCACAGAGUUCAAGGUUUUCAUGACUUUCAGCCUUCCAGUAAUACUUACUUGUGAAUAUCUAAGACUGCCUGGAUCAGUUAUUCAAUACGUCCAGUGCUUUUCAGAUGGACUUUUGUAUUGUUUCUUAGUGUAUCAUACAUUAAGAGUACUGAUUUCCGCUGUCAACAACUUGGUUAGGGAGAUUAAGACGACUUCUGUGAUGAAUAUUUUCGGAGUUUACCUCGAUGUGAAGUCUUUAGUCGAUUCCUUAUUUGUUCAACAACAACUGAUGCUAUUUUGGCUGACUUCAUUUUCCUACAAUGCGUUGUAUUACGCGAUGCAGUCUGCUGAGACAAACCUCUUCCAGGUGGACUGGGGGACAAUUUUAUCUCUCUGUGUCAGUAAUUGCUGCAAGACUUAUGUAGGUCUCAUAGCGACGAGUGUUGCAGCGGCAUAUGCUUCCUGUUUUGUGAGAUCUCUGCUCAUCUUUGUGAUAACAGAUGUGAUAACAGAUGUUAUGUAAUCUUGAUAAUCUAUACUUAUAAAUUAAGACAUUUUGCUAAUAAAUUACGAACUGCCUGCACCAGAGUAACUGCUUACACCUUUGAAAUUUCAACACGUGUGAGAUGAUGUCCGUAAGCUUUAACUGAAUUUUACAUGAUAAGUAUUUAUUAUGAAAUUAUCAAAAACCUACUUUCAUUUUCGAUAUUAUAGCCUGAAAUAGCAAAAAUGAGAGUAAGGUGGUGGAUACGCAUUGGCGGAUCUAAGUCAGUGGGUGUUUGCAUCAAAAUAUAUACUUGCAGUGAAAUGAUAUUGAAUUACUACGUAAGAAAGAAUAAAUAUACCGGGAAUAUAUUUACCGGUAAUUUUUAUAUAAUACGACAUUUGACAUAUGUUGAAUAAAUAAUCAAAAUGA